AUGUUUAGAGCAAAUCAAGCAAACCCUUAUGAUGACAUAGUGGCCAAGGCUACCGACGAGAAUUUGACAGGCGAGAACUGGGAGGUCAUUCUCAAUUUGUGUGAUAAAGUGCAGGAAGAGGGUGAACAAGGUGCCCGUAACGUGAUCGCAGUACUCUUGAAGCGGCUGGCCCACCGUAGCCCCAAUGUACAACUCUACGCACUCUCGCUAGGAGAGUCUCUCUCAAAAAACUGUGGUAUCGACCUUCAUCGCGAGCUUGCUAGCCGAGCAUUUACCGGGGCAUUGGAGAAGCUUGUUCUUGAUCGGACAACACAUGACAAAGUUCGUCGGAGGGCUCUCGGCCUCAUCGCGAUGUGGACGGCAGAGUUUGAACACGACCCUACUCUAGGAAUCAUGGAGACUUGCUACGAUAAUCUGAAAGCAAAGAACUAUCAAUUUGAAACCCCCUCCGAGCCAGCCCCUCCCAGCGUCGACGACGAGGCACGGCGACGUGAGGAAGAGGAACUUCAGCGGGCCCUCGAAAUCAGCAUGCGUGACAAGGGUGGGCGGUCUACUUACGCACCUGCUACCUCAGCUGGUUCCUCUGGUGCAGCUGCCAAGCAUGCAUCCGGGUAUGUUCCAGCGCAGUCACCAAGUCCAAAGGAUCCCGCGUAUGCUGCAAAUAAUAGUAAACAUCCAAAUGCCAGGACAACGUCAGGGUAUUCUGCCACAAGUGGGGGAGUUCCAGCCAUGGCUGCCUCUUCGACAUCGUCACUGCCGUCCCAAGUCUCUACGCCAGUAGUCACUCGCGUCCGCGCUAUGCACACCUUUGAGCCUACGGAACCGGGCGAACUCGCCUUUGAAAAAGGUGAUGUGAUCAAGGUGGUGGAUCGAGGCUACAAAGACUGGUGGCGAGGACAAUUGAAGGGACGCACAGGAAUAUUCCCCGUGAAUUAUGUUGAACCUCUCCCUGAGCCAACUGCUGCUGAUAUUGCGCGCGAGGCAGAGCAGGAAGCGGCUGUCUUCGCUCAAGCUGCGAAUGUCGAUCGACUGUUGACAAUGCUGAGGAGUCUGGAUGCUUCGAGAGAGAACCUAGCGGAUAACGAGGAGAUUCAGGAAUUAUACCGCUCAUGCAUGAGCCUCCGUCCCAGGAUUGUCAAGCUCAUCGACAAGUACAAUCAGAAGCGAGCUGAUUUGGUGUCGAUGAACGAGUCCUUUGUGAAAGCACGCACGAUAUUUGAUCGAAUAAUGGAAGACAGCCUUGCGCGUCACACCGCAAGUGAGCAAAACAGCUCUCUGUUAUUACCAGAUCUCCUCAUCUUCUGCAGUGUAUGA